GUUCGUCGCAUACCUAAGUCUUCACCAUCCAUCACUGUUGCAAAUCGUUAAUCGCUCCAACUACGACACAAUACACUUAUUUAACCAACAAUCCGAAUACUUCAAAUCUAAGCCCAGACCAUCCCAGAUCAUCCUAGACCAUCCCAGACCAAUACCGCCAAAAUGCCGAAAGCAGAAUUUGGAUCGACGAAAUACCUGAACAAUAAGAUGAAAUCGAAGGGAUUACAGCGACUUCGAUGGUACUGCCAAAUAUGCGAAAAGCAAUGCAGGGACGCCAAUGCGUUCAAGAUGCACACACAAAGCGAAUCCCACACGAGGAAGAUGCUGCUAGUUGGCGAGGAUGCGAAGAAGUAUAUCGACGACUUUAGCAACCAGUUCAUCAAGGACUUCUUGCAGCUACUACGAACCUCCCACGGAGAGAAGCAAGUGCAGAUCAACCACUUUUACCAGAACUACAUCGCCAACAAAGAGCAUGUCCACAUGAAUGCUACCAAAUGGCACUCUCUUACCGACUUCGCAAAGCACCUAGGAAGGGAAGGAAUUUGCAGAGUCGAGGAGAAUGAUAAGGGAAUCCAUAUCGCAUGGAUAGAUGACUCCCCGGAUGCCUUACGCCGAAAAGAAGCGGUGCGGAGGAAAGAGAUGCAAGAUAAAGGAGACGAAGAGCGCGAACACAUGUUAAUCAAGGAACAAAUCAAGCGCGCGAAGAGGGAAGCGGGUGAGCAAAACGAGGACGAGGCCGACAAUUCGGAAGGCAAAGAACUCAAGAGACAGGAAGGAGACAAGAUCAAGCUCUCCUUUGGCGCCAAGCCCGCUACUCAACCGGCACCAAUAUCCUCUCCGGAUAAAUCUACCCCGGAGACAUCUGCGUCGCCACCAAAAGACCCAGAGAAGAAGGAGGAGUCAACAGCUACGCAAGAACAACCUUCCACGACCCAGAAACCUGCUUCUGCUCCCAUUUCGCUUAAAAUAGCAGCGAAGCCUCAACCCAAGAACGUCUUCGCGGCAGCGAAAAAGAACGCGCUUGCAGGGGCGCCGAAGAAAGCGCCGGCUUUCGGAGAACCGAAGAAGAUGAGCGAAGCUGAGCGCAUUAUGAAGGAGGAGAUUGAGCGGAAGAGGGCUCGGGAGAGUUCGGGUAGGGAUGGGUUUUCUAAUAAGCGCCAGAGAAAUUAAAACAUGGUGGUUUUUUGAGGGGGGGUCUUCAGGUUUUUUAAGCAGCAUUGCGACAGGCGUUGAGAGGUAUACCAUCGGUUGAGGUUUAAUAAGGGCAUGUAAAACGUUUGCAUGGGCGCUUAUGGCGACUAUUCAAGAGAAUAAUAGUCUUGCCAACUGAUAUAUUUGGCCGAUCAUAUUAGAAUUUAGAAUGCCUAACCUAAGGACUGGAGAGCAGUCCCAGUCUUUUACAUACAUAGGUAACCUAGGUAAACAAACAAAUACAAUAAUAUAUUUUCUCC